AAGUAUAAUUCCUAACUUAAGAAUCUCCAAGUCUGUUUUAUGCAUAUCUGCAGUUUCUUUCUCCUACCCUUUCAGCCCAUCUAACAAGAAAAUAUAGAAAAUUGCUAAGUUAAUAGACACCUAGACUCCACUAAUCUGAUUCCUAAAAUGAAAUGCAACCCAAAAUUAAUAAUUCUUACAGAUUAGUCCUUAAUUCCAUAAAUGGUUCAGGACCCUAACUUUUGACUUCAUGCAAAUGAAGACAGGAAUAUCACCCUGAAUUUGAAAAGACACUUGCGGACAUGUGUGUGCAUAAAUGUUAAACGUGUGCUUCCAAUCACAACUUGGUGUUAUACAAGUUUCACUUUUUCAGGUGGUUCCCUUUUUCUUUUUGAUCGGAAGGUGGUGCCACACCUUAGAAAGGAUGGACAUAAUUGGAGAAAGAAAAAAGAUGGAAAGACAGUUAAGGAAUGUCACGAGAGGCUGAAGGUUGGAGGUGUUGAUGUUCUGAAAUGCUACUAUGCCCAUGGAGAGGGAAAUGAAAAUUUUCAACGACGCGUUUAUUGGAUGCUUGAAGAGUGAGUCUGCGAAGUUUAAUUCCCUUUUUCUUAGUAGUCAUUUGCAUACCUUGUGUAGAAUUUAUACAAAACAAUUUCUUUUGUAGGUAAGACAAUACUCAAUGUCCAUGGGCCCUGGCUUAGUGGGAACCUUUUAUAUGCUGCUACAUAAAUAAGCAUUUCCUUUCUUUUGUUAGCAAUCAUAUGACUAGCCAUCAAUUCUUUUACCUCCCCAUAUUGUAGUUGGCUUAGGAAUGAACUCUCAAGCAUUGUUUUUGUCCACUAUCUGGAAGUAAAGGUAAGAUUUUCCUAUCCCAAAUGGUUUAGAUAUUGGACUGCUCAAUAUAAACUGCCAGCUGACUGAUAUCUAGAGAGUGUAGUUGUGAAAAGUGAUGUGUUGGCCCCUUGAAAAACAUAAUUUGGUUACUAUUUCACGUAAUGAACUGGUUUAGAACAGAGCCAUAUCCUGUUUAGGAAUGUGAACUUUCUUCCUUGCUUCACACCUGGUGUAUGUCACAUCUCCCUUUUUCUUGGUCUGGCUGUCCGGGGUCUCUGGGCUUUACAUCUUGUGACUGUUCAAGUCUGGUUUCUGUAAUUCGCAGAUGCGGGAUGUUUCCAUUUAACACCACUCCUUGUGUAGUCCACUGCACUGUCAUGACUCAUAACCACAGCCUUCUUCUGGGUCCCAAACUUGCAGCAACUCUCUUGGGUUGCACACAUGGGCUGGGCUUGCAACAAGCCAACAGCCUCCCUUAUGUUGCACACUAACCAGGCUUACAAUAACCUCCCUUGGGUUGCACACACAACACUGGUGGGCCUAUCAUCUGAUAACAUUUAAACAUCCACCAUAAAACCAAUUGAUGAUAAAUGGAGUUUCCACAAGUUUCCCUUAAAUUCACCUGUGUGGUUUUUUCCCAUGUAACAGUUUUGGGGGGUGUUUGGUACAGGUUUGAGGUUAGCAGUUAGCUGUUUGAACUAAUUGAAGGAAUAAGAAUAUCUGGAUUAUAAAUAACAAUAACUAUCAGCUGUUGGAUAUUGGCUGUCUGCCAUUUUUACUUUUGAACCACUAAUCCAAACAUCUCCUUAAUAAGAAAAUCAAAGUAUUGCUUGCUUAUGUGCCUGCUUUGAAACCAUAUUUCACUUCCUUUCUCGUGCAUUAGUGCCUUUUUUUUUUGGAUCAUUAGUGCUUGAACCACACAGCGUGGUGGGAUCUGAUCUGAACUUAUUUCUAAAACCUCCAAUGUCUGCCAAUAUGGAUGAUCUGGAUCUGUAACUUUUAAUAUAUCCUUUAGUCUCCUACUCUCCUCAGCAGCCUAUUUAUUUAUGUUCUUUUUUUUUUUUUUAAUUUCUGAAACUUUAUCAGGAAAACAGAUCAAAUUUUAAUCAAGUUAGAGAGAAUGAAGCUGUCACUACAUAUUCUAAGUCUUCCAGAUUUCGUCCAACUAAUUGC